GGUAUGCCCAAGCCGCCCUAGGCCAGGUACGCAGCGUGCAGCACAGAUGGCAGCAGCAGCGAGAUCUCACAAGAAUGCACUGCUUUGUCCCCGUCAGGACAGCCGGAGUCUUUCUAUCUUAUCUUCGAUGGAUUCUUCAGUGAUGUCAUCGCCGUCGUCUCUGCUGGUGCUCACUCUCGAGGAGGCCUGCGACCUCAUUGUCGACGCCGAACGGUCCCUCUCAUCUCAUCUGCAACCCACGCUCGAGACCAUACAGCGCGGCACACACGAGUCCAUCCGGCGGCUCCACGGCCUCCUGACGGCACUCAUCGACAAUGCUUCCACGCCGCUUGGCGUGUCGGUGGCGGCCAAUGUGCUGAUGCUGUGGAUGAGUGCCGGCCUGCUGCGGGAGGUGCGGUGCAUUCGGGCGGCGACCGAAUCUGCGGCCAAGUCAGCCCAGGCCGCUGCCGAGGCGGCACAGGGAGCACAGGUGGCCGCAAGCAACGUCCAGGUGUCUCUCUGCUGUAUUCAGUGACAGACAGCAGUUAAUUAAGGCGGGCAGUGUGUCAGGCAGAGAGUGGGCCACGCGUGUGUGAGUACUGUACGGUGCCGCCUGGUGGCCUUAUGUGUCUGUGUGAGAGUGGCCGGUGUGAUGUACAAUAGAUUGCGAUGGACAGACAGUCUUCUGUCGACGGCAAUGGCCAGCUUGGAGGGAGGGACGAAGUGUGUGUUGGACCCGCUCAACGCUUCACAUGGGUUCAUUAAUGC